UAUAAGAAGCUGGGUCAAUUAAAAGCAAGAUUGGAAAACGAAAACAGAAAACUCCUGGAGAAUCCUUGUUGGUGCUACGGUUAAUAUGAAACAAGACAAGAAAGAAAUGGGAUCCAAGAUUAACGGCGACGAAGAGGAUACUUCUUCAGUGAUUAACAAGGAAAGGGAUGGGUGCCAAGUUGUUGUACUAGAGCAAAACAUUAAUUUGGAGCCUUCUUCUCCCAGCGGAAAUAAUGAUUUAGCCAUUAUCAAAGAGGAAACUGCGGCGACCAAGAGUAAUAAUGCUACUGAUCCAUCGAAAUGGGAGACAAAUUCAGAUCAUAGCUCACCCUCAAUAUUAAAGAAUGAGCAGGAGGAUAAGCUAAAAUCAGCUUACAAAGCCCAAAUGGGCGAGGUUAGAGAAGAAAACGAAAGAUUAAAGUUAUUAUUGGUGCGAAUCAUGACGGAUUACAAGUCUCUUCAAUCGCAGUUCUCCGACAUUCUUCGCCAACAAGAAGCUAAGCCUAAACCUAUUAAUGAUCACUGCAAAUCUCCUGAUGAUGAUCAUCAUCAUCAUCAACCUGCGGCUCCCCAUGAUGAUGAUCAACUUGUUUCCCUUAGCCUUGGAAGAAUAUCAAGCACUGCUAAAGAUGAGCCAAUAAAGAAUGAUGAGAUCAUAAUGAAAGAGACUAGCAGCUGGAGUAAUAUUGAUCAUAAAGAUCAUGAUCAAGACCAGGGACUCAAUGAUGGAGAUCAACUUGCAUUAGCAUUGGGAUCGUUGUCGGAGACUACGAAGAAUUCAAAUUCUGACAACAGCUUUGAUCAUGAUCAUAAGGAGGUCCAGAAGGAAUUAGAUGGUGAGGAUGUCGAGCCCUCGGAAAUGUGGCCGCCGAGUAAAGUUCGCAAGACGGCGAGAUCAAGAGGUACUGAUCAUGAAGAUCACGAUGACAGCGUUUCACAAACAUCACCUUUGAAGAAAGCUAGGGUUUCAGUCCGAGCUAGAUGCGAUGCCCCAACGAUGAAUGAUGGAUGCCAAUGGAGAAAAUAUGGUCAAAAAAUAGCCAAAGGAAAUCCAUGCCCUAGAGCAUACUAUCGUUGCACAGUCUCACCAACUUGUCCGGUCAGAAAACAGGUUCAAAGAUGCGCUGAGGACAUGUCCAUCUUGAUCACCACCUACGAAGGAACUCACAACCACCCGCUUCCCAUCUCCGCCACCGCCAUGGCCUCCACCACCUCCGCUGCCGCCUCCAUGCUUCAAUCUCACUCAACCACCUCCUCUUCACAACCACCGUUACUACUUCCUUCAGCCAUAUUACCGGGCCCCAUCUCCGCCGCAACCUCUUCCAAAACUAACUUCCCUCCAGGGCUCAACUUCAACACCGCCACCGCCACCACUACCAAUCUCUUCCAAAACUCACUAAUCAGAUCAUCACCACAACACCAAUUCUACUUCCCAAACACCUCAAUCUCAACCCACAAUUCUCACCCAACCGUCACUCUUGAUCUCACCCUCCCAAACCACCACUAUUCUUCUCAUGAUAUUCUCGGAAGAGGUCUUUCUUCCAACACCAGAUCAUAUCCGUCCACGUGUCUCAGCUUUUCCUCAUCAUCUUCUUCUUCCUCUUCUUUGGAGCCUAUUAUUAGUAACCCCUACAAUGGCUACUUGAACUAUAGAAAUUAUCCAGUUGGGUCCAAUGGAAACUACAAUAAGCAACUAUUCUAUCAACCUUACUUGAACAGCAGUAGUAGUACUACUACUAAUAAUAAUAAUCAGAUCAGUACGGCUUUAACAAAUCAACAGUCGUUGACAGAGACUAUAGCUGCCGCAACUAAGGCCAUUACAUCAAACCCAAAUUUCAAAUCCGCUUUAGCAGCUGCUCUCACGUCAUUUGUUGGUAAUGGUGGAAGUCAUGGGGCCUAA